UCCAACGAGUAUCACGCUAUGCUGGUUGUGAACAGUCGGAUUGUAGACACCUUCACUAGUGGUGCAGUGUUUACGCGGUAACGGUGUUCAUUUUAUAUUGCUAAGGAAUAAGAUUUAUUUUCGAUUUUCGUAUUUUUUAUUAUUUAUUUUCUCCCGCUUAGUGUAUUUUAUUUGUUUAAUUUUAAAUGUAAAUUCUGAUCAAACUUCACCAUGACUUGUUCGGACAAGGGAUAUACUAGGAUCAAUAUCCUUUCUACAUGCAGUAGAUCGGUAGAAACUGCUAAACACAAACGAAUUUUUAUUUCUAAAAGAACUAGCGAACUUGUUGCGCUCAUGGCAAUUUCAUCAACUUUAUUUUUAUUCUUACACACCAGGGAUCUGCAUACGCGACUUCGAUCAUUACAAUCAGUUACGAAUUCUGCAUCAACUUCAGGUGAUUCUACAGCGAUGGAGAACGAUAUUGAUAAUUUCAUCCAACAUGACCAGAAGUUGGAAGCAUAUUCUUUGAACAACACGGGUCAUGCAAAAAAAGAGUUGAUAUUUUUCAACCGAGUACCUAAAGUGGGCAGUCAGACAUUCAUGGAGAUAUUGAGAUUGCUGUCUCUGAGAAAUCAGUUUGUAUUCUAUCAAGAUCAUGUGCAAAGGGUCGAAACCAUUCGUCUGGCUGAAACCGAACAGCUUCGCGUGGCUUCCAUGGUGUCAAAGUACGACACGCCUUCAGUGUUCAUAAAACACAUAUCUUUCGUCAACUUUACCAAAUUUUACCUGCCCGAACCCAUCUACAUAAACCUGGUGAGGGACCCCGUGGAACGAGUAAUCUCAUGGUACUACUACAUUAGAGCGCCGUGGUACUAUGUGGAGAGGAAGCACGCGUUUCCCGACACGCCGUUGCCAGAUCCGAAUUGGUUGAAAAAAGACUUCGAGACUUGUGUUCUUCGCGGCGAUCGAGAGUGCAGGUACACGCAAGGAGAGAAACGCGAAGGGAUCAGUGACCACAGGCGACAGACCAUGUUCUUUUGCGGACACGACGAGGAAUGCACUCCGUUCAACUCGGAAGGAGCUUUGGAAAGAGCAAAACGUUCUGUGGAACAACAGUACGCGGUGGUCGGCGUAUUAGAAGAUUUCAACGUCACCCUAACAGUGUUCGAACAUUACAUACCAAGAUUCUUCAAAGGAGCGUCCAAAGUGUACUAUGGAGACAUGGGCCUGCACAAGAUCAAUCACAACGCGUUCAAGCCGCUGGUCAGCGAAGCCGUGAAAGACAUAGUGAGGAAGAAUUUUACUAGAGAAAUAGAAUUUUAUCAAUUCUGCAGGCAGCGACUAUACAGACAGAGACUAGCGUUAAAUUUGUAACACAACGAAAUACAUCUCCUGUGAACGUCGAUAAAAAGUUCCUCGUAUACUAACUCAACGUUUAAACUCUCGCGUGUUACGCAUUUAUUGUUUUUCGUUGAACAAUACAUUAGAAAUAUUAUAAGAUAUAUAUUUCAGUUUUACCAUUCAACAGUUGUGUUGUACAUUUAAAUAAUUAAACAUUUCAAUUUGUCAAUACAAGACCAACAAUUAUAUAAACAAAAUAAAGUUAAGUUAAACGCGUAUUAUAAUAUUAAGUCGAAAACCUAUACAAUAUUCUAAUUUUAGCAAUAUAAAAAAUAUAAUAAUAAUAAUACUAUA